AAAAGAAGAGGCACACACAGCUGAGAAAUUGUGAAAUUCUCUCUUAACAUUGCCUACUACACAGAGCCAUUGCCAGUCUUUUGUUGAAUUUAAUUAAGCAUGAGUGGUGUUCCCAAGAGGCCUCACGAUGAGGUCGGUGGUAGCGGCGGCGGUGCUGCUGCUGCUGCUGGGCAUUCCUCCGGUGCUUCUAAGUAUCCGCAUGAAGAUUCCGGCAAUGCAUUUGCUGGGAAAUUGAACCCAUCGUCGUCUUCAGCACCAGUUCCAUCUUCGGUGGUUGCUAAUGAAUAUCAUUCCCAUCCUCCGCAUUCGCAUAAUCAUUCGACUUUUGAAUUGGGUCCUGGCCCCAAGAUCCCUCGCCCCGAACUACGGGAUUCGGAUAAGAGAUCGCCACUUAUAUCGAUGUACAGAAUGCAGGAUUCACAGCAUUCGGAUCAUCCUGGUGGUGGUUCGGAUGCAAAGGGUGAUCCUGCCAAGGGGGAGAGGGAUUCGCAAAAGGGUUUCGAGAGUAGGGGUGAAGAUGGUAUUAGUACUAACAGCAAUAAAGAAGUGAAAUUUGACGGUGAUUCGAAGAUGGAGAAGGAGGGUUUUGGUUCGGGAAAUGUUAGUCAUUUAAAUUGGAAAGAAUCCAAGGAGUAUCAUCGAGGGAAACGUUAUUCGGAAACCCCAGGCGGGAAUGUAGACCCCUGGGUUAUGUCACGGCCUAAUUUGCAUGGUACAGGUGAGGUGGGAAAGGAGAGUCUGGCCCCUGCGGAUGACAGGGAGUACCUGGAAACGCAUGAGGCUGUUGGGGAAAAUAAGGUUGAUUUGAAGGUCGAGGAUAAGUUCAAGGACAAGGACAGGAAGAGGAAAGAUGCAAAGCAUAGGGAUUGGGGGGAAAGGGAUAAGGAGAGGAGUGAUCGCCGGAAUAACAACUUGCAAGUAGGUAAUAGCAGUGGUGAGGGUAAAGAUUUGAGUAGGGAAGAAAGAGAAGCAGAGAGGUGGGAGAGAGAGAGGAAGGAUGUCUCAAAAGACAAAGAAAGGCCAAAAGAGAGGGAAAAGGAUCAUAGUAAGAGAGAAGCAUGGAAUGGAGUGGAGAAAGAUGGUCUGCAUAGUGACAAAGAAGUGGUCGAUGGAUCUGUGAGAAUGUCUGAGCAGGAAAGUCCAGCUUCGGAGCAAAAGAAACAAAAAGAAUUUGAUGGCUGGAAGAAUGUUGAUAGGGAAGCUAGGGAUAGAAGAAAAGAAAGGGAUGCUGAUGCAGAAGGUGAUAGACCUGAAAAACGCAGUAGGGUUUAUGACAGAGAGUCAGAUGAUGGUUGUGCAGAUGUUGAAGGGGGUACAGACAGGGAAAGAGAAGUUUUCAAUCAUGGAGUUCAUCGUAAGAGGAUGCUUCGCCCGAGGGGAAGUCCUCAAAUGGCAAAUCGUAGGUCUCGUGCUCAGGAUGUCGAAGGGUCUCAAGUUGCAGGUAAACCUGAAGUAUCCACUGUUGUUUAUAAAGUCGGUGAAUGCAUGCAAGAACUGAUAAAAUUGUGGAAGGAAUAUGAAUCAUCUCAAGCUGAUAAAAAUGGUGAAAGCUCUUCUAAUGGUCCUACUUUAGAAAUCCGAAUACCAGCUGAGCAUGUUACUGCUACGAAUCGCCAAGUCAGAGGCGGCCAAUUAUGGGGGACAGAUAUAUACACUGAUGACUCAGAUCUUGUUGCUGUUCUCAUGCAUACGGGCUAUUGUCGCCCAACGGCUUCUCCUCCUCCACCUGCUAUUCAGGAGCUACGUGCUACCAUCCAGGUGCUACCUCCACAAGAUUGCUACAUUUCUACACUGAGAAACAAUGUCCGAUCCCGUGCUUGGGGGGCUGCAAUUGGUUGUAGCUACCGUGUCGAACGGUGCUGCAUUGUGAAGAAAGGAGGCGGGACCAUUGGUCUUGAACCUUGUCUAACACAUACAUCAACUGUGGAGCCUACUCUUGCUCCAGUGGCUGUUGAGCGUACAAUGACUACAAGGGCAGCUGCUUCGAAUGCGUUGCGGCAACAAAGAUUUGUACGAGAAGUCACAAUACAGUACAACUUAUGUAAUGAACCUUGGAUUAAAUACAGCAUAAGCAUUGUUGCUGACAAAGGCCUAAAGAAGCCCCUUUAUACAUCUGCACGCUUGAAGAAGGGAGAAGUUUUGUAUUUAGAAACACAUUCCCGCAGGUAUGAACUGUGUUUUAUUGGAGAGAAGAUGGUCAAAGCUACAACAGCAUUGCAUGGACAUGAAACAGAGACAGAGAAAUCUCAGACUCAUAGCUUGCAUUCAACAAAUGGUGAACGAAAUUCAACUGAUGGUGAUAACAUUAUGAUUGAUGUAUUCCGCUGGUCUCGUUGUAAGAGGGCCCUUCCCCAAAAAGUCAUGCGUUCACUGGGAAUCCCACUGCCCCUCGAACAUUUAGAGGUCUUGGAGGAGAAUCUCGACUGGGAGGAUGUGCAGUGGUCCCAAACUGGCGUUUGUAUAGCUGGAAAGGAAUAUGCGCUUGCUCGAGUUCAUUUCCUAUCUCCAAAUUAGCAUAGACCCUUGGUGUUUCUUUUUCCCUACAAUACAAUGUUUGUGCAAAUAACCCAUCCCAUUUGGCGCUGUUUUUUUGGUGUUGCUAGGCUAAUAGCUGUUCCUGUUUUAUGAAUGCUCACUUACUAGGACAGUAGUAGGGAAACUUUGGAGGAUGUACAAAUAUUUAGAUUAUAAAUGUUAUGGGUUAAGUUAUGUAAAUUAGAUCUGCUGUUUAAUUUGUUAUUAUGAAAUGAAUGUUGUUCCUACAA